AUCAUUGCAUGGGCUCAGAUAGAAAUGUGUCAUUGGCUGGAUUCGUGUUUUACACGUGCGCUAACCUAUUAGCCACGCUAUGAUUGACUUGUGAUCAUUGCCCUUGCUAGUUUGAUUGUAUUAACAUUCCCAGCAUUAGUUAAAGUCGUCCGUUUUUGUUCAAAAUAUUGAGUCAUUGAAACUGAAACCGUGCAUCCCGAAAGGGUGGAGGCAGCAAAUGAUGUACCAGGCCAGCUGUGACUUACAACCUGAUGGCAAUAUUUUUUGGACUACCAAGAAAUGUAUUGGUGAAUUACACUACAUGGCCAAAGGUGAUGUGGUGGACAUUUACCAGCGGGAGUUUCUGGGCCUGAGGGAGCGUCUGCACUCUGCCGAGCAGGAAAACCUGAAGCGCUCCAAGGAGCUCAACCUGGUGCUGGAAGAGAUCAAGAGGGCCAUCGCCGAGAAGCAGGCCCUCAGGGACAUCAACCGCACCUGGGCCAGCCUUUCCGACGAGACCAAGCUGAAGCUGUGGAAUGUGACGACCAAUAAGAAUGUGCUCCAGCUGCCCAGUAUCUUCCACCACCUGCCCCAUCUCCUGGCCAAGGAGAGCAGCCUGCAGCCCGCUGUGCACGUGGGCCAGGGACGCACCGGGGUGUCGAUCGUGAUGGGCGUGCCCAGUGUGAAGAGGGAGGUCCACUCCUACCUGACGGACACCCUCAGUUCUCUGAUGACAGAGCUCAGCGCCGCAGAGAAGGAGGACUGCGUCAUUGUGGUAUUCAUCGCUGAGACGGACCAACAGUAUGCCAACAGCGUGGCUGACAACCUCAAGCGCCUAUUUCCAGUUGAGAUCCAGUCAGGUCUUCUAGAGAUCAUCUCUCCAUCAGUCCACUUCUACCCCGAUUUCUCCCGUCUCAAAGAGUCCUUCGGAGACCCCAAGGAGAGGGUCAGAUGGCGGACAAAACAGAAUUUGGAUUACUGCUUCCUCAUGAUGUACGCCCAGUCCAAAGGGACCUACUAUGUGCAGCUGGAGGACGACAUUGUGGCCCGUCCGAAUUACUUCACCACGAUGAAGAACUUUGCCCUGCAGCAGCCUUCUGACGAGUGGAUGAUCUUGGAGUUCUCCCAGCUGGGCUUCAUCGGUAAGAUGUUCAAGUCCCUGGACCUGUCGCUGAUUGUGGAGUUUAUGCUAAUGUUCUACAAGGACAAGCCCAUUGACUGGCUGCUGGACCACAUCAUGUGGGUCAAGGUGUGCAACCCAGAGAAGGACGCGAAACACUGUGACAGGCAGAAGGCCAACCUGAGGAUUCGCUUCAAACCCUCACUCUUCCAGCAUGUGGGCACUCACUCCUCCCUGGCCGGAAAGAUCCAGAAACUCAAGGACAAGGACUUUGGAAAGCAGACUCUGCACAAGGGUCACGCCAACCCGCUGGCAGAGGUGACCACCAGCCUAAAGACAUACCAGCACUUCACCUUAGAGAAGGCCUACCUGGGAGAGGACUUCUUCUGGGCCUUCACACCCGUGGCUGGAGACUUCAUCCGCAUCCGUUUCUUCACACCUGUCCGCAUCGAGAGGUAUUUCUUCCGGAGCGGGAACAUUGAGCACCCAGGGGACAAGCUGUUCAACACCUCUGUGGAGGUGCUGCCUUUUGACAAUAUCCAGUCUGAGAAAGAGGCGUUGAAAGAGGGGAGAGAGAAAACACCAAAAUACCACAGAACAGAGGACGGCUUUAUCAGAAUAGGAGUGUUUCAUAAUGGGAUCGCCGAGGGGGAGGUAGACCCCACGUUCGGGCCCCUGGAGGCUCUUCGUCUCUCUGUGAUCACAGACUGCCCCGUCUGGGUGAUCCUGAGCGAGAUAUUCAUCAAGAAAGCAGAGUGAACUUCAACACACCGCAGCAAUACCUCAGUCAUCCGUUUGACCGUUCCGCAGAGGAACAGAGCCUUCACAAGCUAUACUCAUUCCUUGGCUUUUGGCAAUGAGUUUCUCGAGCGCGGUCAGAGUGCGCCAUCUUCUGACGCGAUCUUGCCAUCGCAGGGUACUACUGAGACCGUCAGCCCAAUUCACGGUUGACAGACGUCAUAGGAAGAUCUGCCCAGACGCGAAAUCGGAGAACAUGCGGUCCCGCGUGGACGACACAGAGACUACGCUGUAUUUAGGAAACUGUAUUUAUGUGUAAAUAAAGGUUUAUGUUUUAAAUAACUGUAAUUACACUGGUAAUUGUCAAAUAGCUGGCGAGAUUGCCUCUCCCCUUUUGAUGACAAUAUGACAAUAAAAUAUUGCUGCUUCAGAAUCAAGACUUGGCAACACAGUCACCCAGAUAUGACAAAAUUGUGCAACUUCAAUAUCAUUUAAUCAUGUAUGACAAAUGUUCCUGGUUUUACCCAAAUGUAUACAUAAAAUACCUAUGUAUGUGGAUAUAGGCCUAAUAUGCAUAUUUAUGUAACACAAUCAUAUGAAUGAUCUCUGUUAUGUGUGUUUAUGUAUAUACAGUGAGUGAAUGUCCACAAAAGUCAGUCAGAAAAGUAGCCUAGGCUUAUACAGUAUAGAAGGAAAUUGAACUUUAGCUAAAAAGUACAUACUUGUCUGUUUGAAUAAAAUGUAUUUAUAUGGUCAA